GGCACGGGGCGGUGAUGGCGAUGGGCGGGCGCAGGGAGGGUUGGCGAUGGGAGCGGGGAGGGUUGGCGAGGGGCGGGCCUGAGGCAGUGAUGGCGGGCGGGCCCGAGGCAGUGAUGGCGGGUGGGCGCGGGGCGGCGAUGGCGGGCGCCGCGGCGGAGGCGGCGCGGUCCCGGUCGCUGUUCCUGUGGGACGACGGGCGCCCGAUGCGGUUCUACGUGCGGCCCGGGGCGGCCAAGCUGCGCCUGGCGCCGCUGGUGCUGGCGGGCGGCGGGCGGCUGUGCCGCGUGCAGGAGCCCGGGGCCGUGCUCCUGGCGGAGCCCGGCGAGGCGGCUCCCGGCGGGGCCGUCUCCACCGAGUACGUGACGGAGUGCGUGGAGCGCAACGAGCGGCUGCCGCUGGAGCCCUUCGUGCUGUCCGCUUCGCUGCCUCCCGCCGCCGCCGCCGCCCCCGCCCCCGCCCCGCGCGGCCGCCUGGCCUUCACGGCGGCGGAGGACGCGGCGCUGCUGCGGGCGGUGCGCGACGGGGGCGCGGCGCGGGCGGGCGGGCGGGCGCUGUGGAUGGAGCUGGAGCGGAGCGGGCUGACCCGGCACAGCUGGCAGGCCAUGCGCGACCGCUUCCUGCGGCACCUGCGGCCGCUGCUCGGGGAGCCUCUGCAGGCGGAGGAGACCUCGCAGGUCUCGGGUCUCUUCGCGGCCAAUAACCAGGAGUUCGAAAGCGCGGAGUCAGAAAGCGACACUUCGGAUGUUUCAGAAGAACUUUCUACACAAGAUGAAGGAGGAUAUUCCCCAGGAGAAACAGCAUCUGAUUUGAAAUCUGGACUGGAGGACUCUGCUUUCCCUGACACUCAGUUACAAAGGGAAGAAAGACCAACAAGCACUUGUUCUUCCAGCGUGGUGGGAGAAGUAGUAAAAACUAUGCAGCAGUUCAUGGAGAAGUUCAGUGUGGACCUGUUCACUGUUACACAGGCCUUUCUGAAAAACAGUGGUGAAGUGGAGGCUACUUCAGACUUUCUGCAGAUGGGGCAGCGCUUGGAUGGGUACCCUGUAUGGAGCAGAGAGGAUGAUUUAGAAUUGCAAAAGGAUGAUGAACAUGUCAGAAAUAAAUUGAUAGCCAAAUUUGGAGCUGAAAAUGUAGCAAAGCGGAUAGCAUUUAGGAAGAGUUAGCAAGAGGAGGACGACUGAUCUAGGACUGUGGCAGGAACUUUAUAGUCAUUUCAGAAAUGUGAUGGAAAAUUUGAUCAACAUUAUGAAGUUUCAAUGCUUUAAAGUAAUUUUUUUAAAUAAAAGGCCCAUUUUUAUCUCUA